CCGAUGGCCUGCGGCGAACCGCGACCUUCUGAACAAUUCUUCACUCUAGGCUUGUGCUCACUCACGCUGUCUACUCGGCGACGAUCUGUUGUAGUCGUAUGAAAUGAUCAGGCGGCUACAUCACCGCGGUAUUGCGGUCCUCUGCCAUCUGGUUCUCACUUGGAAUCUUGAUGUCUGUGUGAGGAUGUUGAAAUCAACAAUCCGAAUUUCUAAAUACACCAUUCUAGCAAAAGGGCCGAAGACUAAUCACCCGCGUUCUAGGCACGAGCAUCGUAACAGGAACUCCUUCGAACAUCUAGAAUGUCAACACAGGCAAGCAUCGACCGCACGUCUUUCAUGUCGGGGUAUCUUGCAGGUAUUAACUAACGGUAUACGGUGCAAAUAAAUGGAUUGGUGGAUAUCAUCUCCACCAGAUCAAGGUCUAUGUAUGUA